GCCAUUAGGCAACUACUUCCACUCCCAACCAUUGCUCUUUCCCUUCCACAUGGCCAUCAGCCCAAAUGGGCAGCAACAAUUUUCCAGACAGCUCGUUCUGACACCAAGAUCAAGUGAUCAACCCUGUUUCGACGACCACACAGUUGCAUCCUCGCACUCGCUGCAUAUAUACGGUAUACCUGGGACCUGCGUAAUCGGUCCAAAACGAAUCCAGCCCAUGAUAGGAGACGACCGCAUACGACUGCUAGACAUAUUACCAGGAGGACCCGACGAUCCCAUCUGUGCGAGGCUAUUCAGUGUUUCGCUCAGCGAAUCUCCAGCGUACGAGGCGCUGUCGUACACAUGGGGCGAUCUGUCUCGGGUGAAAGAGAUCCAAGUUUCUCACGAGAGCUCAAAAAAAGAGGGUACUUCUAGUAGUAGUACUAGUAUUGUGCCAACCUGGGUCACGUCAAAUUGCUAUGCCGCUCUGAGACGGCUUCGCCAGGGCGCCACCGACCGCUCGCGGACCGUCUGGAUAUACUCGAUCUGUAUCAACCAGGCCAAUAUUGACGAGAAGAACCACCAACUGACGCUCAUGAAGCGAAUCUACGAGAAGGCGUCCUGCGUCAUUGUCUACCUCGGCGAGCAUGCGGAUGACAGCGACAAGGCCAUGAAUUGGAUCCAAGAGAUCGAUACACCUUCUGGCUAUGCUAGUACGAGCGGUGACGAGACGGAGCUCCUUGACCUCAACUUGGAUAAGUCCAUUAUGGAGGCUCUCUUUCGCCGCCCUUGGUUCAGGCGUGUCUGGGUGCUACAGGAGGUGUGGGUGGCCAAGAAGGCAGUUGUGUACUGCGGUGAUCGGUCGGUGAGUUGGGACAGCUUCCGUGCCUUCUACCAUUGGAACGUAUCCUGCCACUUGAUCGACGAGCUGCCAUACGUUGUCAAAUCGGGGCCUGGAAGGUUCCCCUACCUCACAUUUGUCGAGAAGCUGAUGCACGAGCUUCGAGAUACGAGCAAUUGCGAAGCCAGCGAUGAGAGGGACAAGUUGUAUGCCAUCUUGCCGCUCAUUCAGCAGUCGAACAUCGAGGGUGAUGCUGAGGGGAAUAAGGCGAUCAAGGUGGACUAUCAUCUCUCUCCUACACAGGUCUUUAUCAACCUUGGAACAUACCUCGUGUACGCCUUAGGACCCGAGGUCAUGACGGAAGUCAUUGGUCCUUCAGCGCUGUCCGGAUUGCCGUCUUGGGUGCCCGACUGGAGCAUGAAACCAAGGCGUAAGCUAUUCCCAGGUUUUGGCAAGUGGCAUCACAGGGUAAGAACAACAGAAGUGCAGGUCUCAAAGGCUCGGAAUACCGACGGCGAGCUUCUCUACGAACUCCAUGGGCUCGGCAGGCAAGAGGGCUCCAUAGUCUUCGUUGGCGACAAAUGCGACCUACAGAACGACGUAUUCCCACUUGCGCCGUGGCAGACUAUGGAGUCUGUCCAAGAAAUAUCACGGCAAGAGUUCUGGAAUUCGAUUAGAGGAAUGCACGAGUAUGUCCUAGACAUUCUGGAGGAGCGAGUCCAGGCAUACCACGAAGAGUAUGAAGCAAUCGCAUCUCCAAGAGCCGCACAGGAUGUUGAAGUCCCCAUGGGCGACAAACAGCCAUCGUCAAACCGCCAGACCACCCUGGUCGACUUCUGUAUGGCUGGUUAUAUAGCGACUGCCCUGGCAAAUAUGCAAUCCGUAUUCGCCACUUGCGAUGGCCGACGGUAUUUUGUAACCGACACGGGCUUGCGAGGUCUCGCUCCAGAGGACUCUAGAGUGGGAGACUUCGUAUAUCGUAUCGAGGGAGCCCCAAGAUGUCCGUUCAUUUUUAGGGCCCAUCGAGAAGAAUCCAGAUGCGCUGGCAGCCAAGAACAGGAAAGAAUAACGGAAAGUAAAGCCACUAGGAGAUUCAAACUUGUGGGCCACUGCUACGUGCAUUGGCGUAUGGAUGUGCCUGAUACUGUUACAGAAAGGAUUGUAAUCCGGUGAAUUUGACUAAACAGUUUCAGCAUGGCAGAACAUACGGAGGUACAUCAUGAUGUGAAUGAAAUCAGGGGUGUCUGAUACAAGUCUCUUCUUCCACUGCACGACAGGUUCAGCUGGAAUCCCACUGCAGGAAAACUACCUUACCUAGGUUGGCGCCGCUCGCAAGAAGAAAACGGCAAUCUUCCACACUCGAGGCCAGUUUGAUUAGACAGUUGACAGUAUACAUAUAAGGACUAACCUUAUGACCACUAGUCCGACAAUUUUGCCUUCCUUACAUCGUUCGAUGUUCCCUUAUGAGAACCUCCAUUAACAGCCCCGGAUGUUUCCACCAGCGCCUUUUCUAGUUCCUCAACUGGUCCUUCGGGCCGCCCUUCGGCAUCAGAUUCCUUCCUACCAAUGGCCAGAACAUCCCUUCUGAUCGCCCACCCUC